AUGUUUCGCGGUGCUGUUGCGAGCCCGUACGACGAGCCGAUCGCCAAGGCGACCGACGAGAACCUUACGUCCGAGGACUGGGGAGCUAUCAUCGAGGUCUGCGACAAGGUCUCGAGCGAUCCAAAUGGCCCCAACCAAGCCGUCCAGGGCCUGAUCAAGCGACUUGCGCAUCGCAAUGCCAAUGUCCAGCUUUACACUCUCGAGCUCGGCAAUGCGCUCUCCCAGAACUGCGGCAAGCCCAUCCACCGUGAGCUCGCCAGCCGCUCCUUCACCGACGCCAUGCUCAAGCUCGCGAACGACCGGAAUACCCACCAACAAGUCAAGGCCAAGAUCCUCGAGCGCAUGAAGGAGUGGUCCGACAUGUUCAGCAAAGACGCCGACCUCGGCAUCAUGUACGAUGCCUACUUCCGCCUAAAGCAGAGCAACCCGACGCUGCAGCCGCCAUCCGCGCCCCAGAAGACCGGUCUCACCGAUGUGGAUCGUCGGAAGGAAGAGGACGAGCUGCAGAUGGCGUUGCAGCUGUCUCUGCAGGAGGAAGAGAAGAAGCGACCAGCCCCUGCGGGCGGCUCCUCAGCUGCGGGACCAAGCACAGGAGCUGGCGCAGGGUCUGGUGGUGCUGGUUCUGGUUCGGGGUCCGGGUCCGCGCAGGCGGCGCCAUCACACCCGACCGGCACAACUGCUGCUACGGUAUCACGAGUUCGAGCACAGUAUGAUUUUGUGCCUUCCGAGCCCGGCGAGCUGGAAUUCAAGAAGGGCGACGUCAUCGCGGUGCUGGAAUCCGUCUACAAGGACUGGUGGCGAGGAUCUCUGAAAGGCAAAACGGGCAUCUUCCCCCUGAACUACGUCGAGAAGCUUACGGACCCGACGCCCGACGAGCUACAUCGCGAGGCGCAGAUGGAGGCCGAGGUGUUUGCCGAGAUCAAGAACGUCGAGAAGCUCCUGACUCUUUUGAGCACAUCGAACAUGGCGCCGCGGGAAGAGGAUAAUGAGGAAAUAUCUAAAUUAUACCACCAGACCCUGGCAAUCAGGCCGAAGCUGAUCAAGCUGAUUGAGAAGUACUCGCAGAAGAAGGACGACUUUACUCAGCUGAACGAAAAGUUCAUCAAGGCGAGGAGAGACUACGAAUCCUUGUUGGAGUCUUCGAUGUCUCACCCGCCUCAACCCAACUACCACCAGUAUGCGCCGAGACCUAUGCCACAAGGCUACCCAGUCCCAGGGGGUACGCCAGGUCCAGGCAGCUUUGCGCCCCAAGGACCUCCACCCAUACAGCAACACCAAGACCCGCAGAGAUACUACACCCCUGGGCCCCAGGGACCUCCUCCGCAAGAGCAGAACCAAUACCAGGCUACAUCACCGCCUCCUAACUUCCAACGAAACACUCCGGGACCUGCCCCGUUCUACCUUCAUGGCGCAGAAGUUCCUCCCCAAGCUGGUCCACCGCCCACCCAGCACUAUGCUCCUCGAGACCAGCCUUCACGGGUAGCGGCUGGAAAGCAGCCUACCCCUAUUCAGACUUCAAGUCCGCCUCCGCAACAAACGUACCAACCUUAUUCCCAACCGCCUCCUCAAGCCGGUCAACGACCUCAGAGUACCUAUGGCAAUCCUCAAGAGUUGGCCACAUCCGCAUAUGAUUCACCCGUCGCGACCCAUCACGCUGGCGGAGCUGAUCCGUACUCGGCAUCUGUCUACUCCCAAGAAGAUUAUUUCGCCACCAGCCCGAAUACUGCGCCAUCCGCGCCUUCAGCUCCUCCCCCAGCACCUCCGGGUGCCUCCGAUGGUGUCCCGACCCCUCUAGCCAUCACAUCUCGUCCUGCUGGGCCAUCAGCGCCGUCAGCACCAUCACAGCCUCAAUACACUGCUUAUAAUCCCUACCCUCCCCAACAUCAGAACUCCUAUGACGCACCAUCGCAACCGUCUCCGCAACCCACUGGAGCAGCACCUUCUAUCCCACAUGGCCUACCACCCCACGAAUUUGCGCCACUUCCCCUGCAGCCUGGUGGCCCACACUACGACGCGCGGCACUCACUGCCAAGUCAAGCGAGUCAUCAAGAACAACCGCCUCAGCAACCUCCCCAGCAGCCGUCUCAACAGCCCCCUCAGCAGCCGCAGUAUAAGGCCUACGUACCGCCAGGCAACGAACCGAGCGCACCGCAGGACUUUUACAGACAGAGUGCCGCGUACUAA